AGCACAUCAAGAAGAAGACAGUAAACAUAACGUAUUUCUUUUAAGAUUGUAUUUACUUUUACUCAUCCAUCCAAACAACCUCCUCACAAAAUACAACAUGACUGCCAUCACCAAAGGAGAUUACAUUCUCGUCACUGGCGCCAGCGGCUACAUCGCGUCCCAGACUGUCAAGGAAUUUCUUAAAGAGGGAUACAGAGUCAGGGGUACUGUCAGAUCUCAGGAUAAGGGAGAGUACCUCAAGCAGCUAUUUGAAGGGCUCGGGGCGUUUGACUAUGUCAUUGUUGAAGACAUCACCAAGGAUGGUAUCUUCGACGAGGCUGUCAAAGGCAUAGACGCUGUUGCUCACCUUGCAUCUCCUUUUUAUAUUAGCAAUGUUAAGGACCCCCAGGAACUUAUAGGUCCAGCGGUUAAGGGCACCACUGGUGUUUUGAAGAGUAUCCAGAAAGAAAACCCUAAGGUUAAGAGGGUCGUUAUCACGUCCUCUGUUGCGUCUAUCAUGUCCGUUCGAUCUCGAAAGGGCCCAGUUGUGUACACUGAGGAAGAUUGGAACGUUGAUUCCAUUCCUUACGUGGAAGAAAACGGCGUAAACUCUGACGGGGGUGAAUCCUAUAGAGCGAGCAAAACUUUGGCCGAAAAGGCUCUUUGGAAGUUCAUUGAGGACGAGAAGCCCUCAUGGGAUGCUGUAGCUAUCAACCCCCCUCUUGUUUUGGGUGAAAUUAUCCAUCAAUGUGAUGACCCUACCAAGCUCAACACUUCUGUCUUCCAUUUCUGGGAAUGGGCUUCUGGCAGGAAGUCCGAGAAAGAUCUCCCUGGUGGUGGUGCUAACUGGGUUGACGUCAAGGAUGUCGCUCUUGGUCACGUCCGGGCUCUCACCGUCCCUGAAGCCGGUGGCCAACGAUUCAUUGUUGGUGCCGGUCCUUUCGCUGCCCAAGACUACUGCGAUGUCCUCCACAAGCGGUUCCCCGAGAUCCCUAACAUUCCCGUUGGCAAGCCCAAUUCCCACGACGAGAUCGUCAAGGGUGCCAACAUCUUUGACGGCUCCAAGGCUACCAAGGUUUUGGGUAUCCAAUACUCCUCCUUCGAGGAAACUGUUGUGGAGAUGGCUGAGAGCUUGCGAAAGAGGUUUGGGCAGUUUUAGAUACCUCACUUCCAUUGAGACUUAGAGAAUAAAUGAAUACAACCUCAUAUACAAAGAUAAAUGAGUCCGGCAUCGUCGUAUAUUCCCGGACUGCAACGCCA